AUGCGCGCCCCAGAAGCCCAGCGCUCAGAGGCUAGACGAGCCUGCUCUGCACACCUUUCAACUCACCUUUUAGUCGCCGGGCAAAGUGCAGUGCCUGCGCCCGAGGCCGCAAGGCAUUAUAGAGCUUUCGCCAUCCCCUUGGACCUUGGAGUCUGUAGUUUCCAGGCUAUGGACAGGAAAAGAGAAGGAUUACUUGAAACACAGGAGGAAACAGUUAUGAACCUCAAAGGUAUAGCUGGAAAUGAACCAACAGAAGGAAGUAACUUUUCGAAUAGCAGUGAAAAAAGACUGGAAGAAACACCAACAGAAUCAAAUCAUUUUCAAAGACUAAGGCAAAUAUUUGCUUGCCCUCCACAUGGUUCACUGGAUAGAGUAAUAACAAAUGUUACCAUCAUCGUUCUUCUGUGGGCUGUAGUUUGGUCCAUUACUGGCAGUGAAUGCCUUCCUGGAGGAAACCUAUUUGGAAUUAUAAUCCUUUUCUAUUGUGCCAUCAUCGGAGGUAAACUUUUGGAGCUCAUUAAGUUACUUUCAUUGCCUCCACUACCUCCUCUUCUUGGCAUGCUCCUUGCUGGGUUUCUCGUCAGAAAUAUCCCUGUCAUCAGUGAUAACGUACAGAUCGAGCACAAGUGGUCCUCCUCUUUGAGAAGCAUUGCCCUAUCUAUCAUAUUGGUUCGAGCUGGCCUUGGGCUUGAUUCAAAGGCUCUGAAGAAAUUGAAGGGUGUUUGUGUACGAUUAUCCAUGGGUCCCUGUCUUGUGGAGGCUUGUACAUCUGCUCUUCUAGCCCACUUCCUAAUGGGUUUACCGUGGCUGUGGGCAUUUAUACUGGGUUUUGUCUUAGGUGCUGUCUCUCCAGCUGUUGUGGUGCCUUCCAUGCUCCUUUUGCAGGGAGGAGGCUAUGGUGUUGAAAAAGGUGUCCCGACCUUACUCAUGGCUGCUGGCAGCUUUGAUGACAUUCUGGCCAUCACUGGCUUCAACACAUGCUUGGGCAUGGCCUUUUCCACAGGACAAACUUAUAUGGAAGAGAGCGUUCCUUGUUUUGGGGUUCUCUGUGCUAGCGGUGUUCAGCAGCAUGUAUUUUGGUUUCCCUGGGUCAGGAGGGCUGUGUACGUUGGUCAUGGCUUUCCUCGCAGGCCUUGGAUGGAGCAGCAAAAAGGCCUUAGUGUUGCCACCCUGGGCACUGCAGUAUUGAUACGAGUUUUGACUACAUUUCUGAUGGUGUGUUUUGCUGGUUUUAACAUAAAGGAAAAGAUAUUUAUUUCUUUUGCAUGGCUUCCGAAGGCCACAGUCCAGGCUGCAAUAGGAUCCGUGGCUUUGGACACAGCAAUAUCACAUGGCGAUAAACAGUUAGAAGAAUAUGGAAUGGAUGUGUUGACGGUAGCAUUUUUGGCCAUCCUCAUCACAGCCCCAAUUGGAAGUCUGCUGAUUGGUUUGCUGGGCCCCAAGCUUCUCCAGAAAGCUGAACCUCAAAAUAUAGAUGAAGAAGCUCAAGGAGAGACUUCCAUACGACUUUAGAGGUGAAAAGAGAGAAUGCUGAUUAUAAUGAUUAGAAAGCUGUUACCAGAAGCUGCUUUUAUCAAGGUGGAUGUUGAAAUAUGUACUGUUUAAGCUUAAAAUGAAAUAGAACCCAAAAUAUAGCUAUUCCUUCCAACAGCAUUUUUAGCCAUUACCCUUUUCCUGUAGGUGGUAAUGUCCAACCUGAUCUACCUUCUUGUUUUCUACAAAUACCCCUUCAUCAUAUAUCUUAAUUUGUAUAGGGACAUAUACACUUUAAUGUACUAUCACAAUUUAAAAUUAACAUGCUAAAGACCAACUUCAGAAUCCUGUUCUGCUAGCAACAGCUUGCUCUGAAUUACUGUCUCAUGGUCAUGAUUCGUGACCACCUAGCCUUUCAUGCCUUGAGUUUGUUUUGGCUCCUCUUUUCUUUUUUGUUUUUAAAAACCAUAAUGCAACCCCUCAUCAGUGUCUACACUCACUUUGUGUGCUAAUCUGCCUCUUCUCCAUUUCUGCCCCCCUUAUUGUAACUAAUUGAUCCCCCCAAAAUGUUAAAGUUCACAAAGUGUCUUUGUUGGUUCUCCCUCUUGUGCAUAUCUAGAUGACAAAAGACCGUGUCCCGUGUCCUCGUUUCAGAGGCCCAUCUGAGCUUGCCUCCGCCUAAUGAGUGCCCUGUCUAGCCCUUUCUUAUUUGUUUCUUGUGACCCACAGCUUUAGGCUCUCCCUGUUCUCAAGGUGAGAGAAGCAAAAUCUCAAAUCUUUGUCAGCCUCAUGAAUAUCACAUUAAUUAGGGUAAGGUAAGGUCCUAUAAUAAACAAAAAAUACAGCACUUAAAAGAAAAUAGCAAUUUAUUUCCCUCUCAUGAAACUGGCCGACUGGUUGAUGCCGACAGGGCUACUCUGCUCAGGAGGUAACUCAGAGGCCCAUGUCUUUUUGUCUGGAGGCUCUGCCAUGCCCUAGUUUAGGACACGGGUUAAAGAUAGAUCUCUCCCAUGUCUCGUUUCGAGCUCUCAGGAAGAAGGAAGGAAGAAAGUCCAAGGCAAGCAUUUUAUUUUUUAUUUU